AUGCCCGAUUUUACAACUACAAUCAAAAGAGUUGUAGCGAUUCCUAUUGAAAUUCUAUGUAAUGGUUUGGAAGGAGAUCAUAAUGGUGUUUUAUACGCCGAAUUUUCUUUUGUGCCAGAUGAUUUAUUAUAUACGGUUCUACCAAAUCUUGAAGAAUUUGCUAGGCAAAUAGUUGCACACAACUAUGAAAAUCGUGAUAUAUUAGAGUUGAAUGUGCGUCUUUCUGCCAUAACAUCAAUUGAAGAGGAGGAAGUAGAUUUUAGAAAUCAAGAUGAUUAUGGUCAAGCUCAACAAGUUGUUGAUUUGAUGGAGAAAUUAGAAAAUUGUUAUCCUUUUUCUGACUCAACCGAACAAUGUCCUAUUUGUUUGGAGGAGUUUUGCAUUAAAUCAGAUUUAGCUCGUACCAAAUGCUCUCAUGUUUUUCAUAAAAAUUGUAUUGGCUCAUGGAUUCAACAAUGCAUCAAUCGCUCAUCAACUUACACUUGUCCAUUGUGUCGAGGUCUUCUAUAA